AUGGCGGCGGUGUCGCUCAUUAGCCGUCCUGCGGGUGUCCUUUCAAAGAUUACUUCGGGCAGCAGUCCUGCUGUAUGGACUCUUGCCUGUGUCAGCUCGGGUCAACGGAGGGACCUACAUCAUGCAGUGAUCCCUAAAGGAAAAGGGGGGCGCUCUUCCUCCAGUGGGAUCGCAGCCACUGUCUUUGGUGCGACUGGUUUCCUUGGUCGUUAUGUGGUCAAUAGACUCGGUCGAAUUGGCUCUCAGAUUGUUGUCCCUCAUCGAUGUGAUCAGUAUGACCUCAUGUACAUGAGGCCCAUGGGGGACCUUGGUCAGAUUAUAUUCAUGGAGUGGGAUGCCAGAAACAAGGACUCCAUCCAACGUGCUUUAGAGCAUUCCAACGUUGUCAUUAAUCUUGUGGGCGAAGAGUGGGAGACAAGCAAUUAUAGCUUUGAGGAUGUCUUUGUGACCAUUCCCCAAAAAAUCGCUCAGGCAGCUCGACAGGCUGGCAUUACCAAGUUUGUGCACAUGUCCCACCUCAAUGCAGAUAUACGCAGUCCAUCUAAGUACCUGAGAAACAAGGCUGUUGGAGAAACGGCUGUGAGAGAUGAGUUUCCAGAAGCCAUUAUCAUGAAGCCUGCUGAGAUCUUUGGGAGAGAGGACCGAUUCUUUAACUAUUAUGCAAAUAUGCGCUGGUUUGGAAAUGCUGUUCCUUUGAUGUCCCUGGGAAAGAAGACAGAGAAGCAGCCUGUUCAUGUGGUGGAUGUGGCAAAGGCCAUUAUAAAUGCUGCCAGAGAUCCUGAUGCCAAUGGCAAGACCUAUGCACUUGUCGGUCCCAACCGCUACCUGCUCCAUGACUUGGUGGAAUACAUCUACGCAGUGGCACACAGACCUUUUGUGCCCUAUCCUCUUCCUCGUCCACUUUAUCAUCUUGCUGCUAAAUUUUUCUCCAUGAACCCGUUCGAACCCUGGACAACCCCAGACAAAGUUGACAGAUUUCACUUGACCGACAUGAAGUACCCAGGUCUUCCGGGUUUAGAGGAUCUGGGGAUCACACCCUCCUCCGUAGAACAAAGGGCAAUCGAGAUCCUGCGCCGCCAUCGCCGCUUCCGUUAUCUUGAAGCUGAAUUGGAUGAAACGAAGCCUGCAAAGACUGUCAGCGUUUAA